UUGGUGCCGCGACGCUGAACAUGGCGCGUUCCUAGAAGCCGCUUUCGGCAUCAGUAGGCGGCGGCGUGUAGACUGGAAGCGUGAGGCGCGGGACCAACCGACUUCGCUUCGUGUUGGGGAGUGGAAGCGGGGGAGCCGGGCCAUUCCGGAGCGAACCAAACGGUGCAGGAAGUUACCACAUUUUCAGAGGAGCUGCUUGCUGAGGUGUCCAUGGAUCUCAAUAGUGCCAGCACUGUCGUUCUUCAGGUCUUAACACAGGCCACCAGUCAGGAUACUGCUGUGCUGAAACCAGCAGAGGAGCAGUUGAAACAGUGGGAGACACAGCCAGGUUUCUAUUCGGUGUUGUUGAAUAUUUUCACAAACCACACUCUGGAUAUAAAUGUAAGGUGGCUUGCUGUGCUGUAUUUUAAGAAUGGAAUUGAUCGUUACUGGAGACGUGUGGCACCUCAUGCUCUUUCAGAGGAGGAGAAAUCUACCUUGCGUGCAGGGCUCAUCACCAACUUCAAUGAACCAGUAAACCAGAUUGCAACCCAGAUUGCAGUGCUGAUUGCAAAAGUUGCUCGAUUGGACUGUCCGAGACAGUGGCCUGAACUGAUUCCCACUCUUAUAGAAUCUGUGAAAGUCCAAGAUGAUCUUCGACAGCACAGAGCAUUACUUACUUUCUAUCAUGUUACCAAGACUCUGGCUUCCAAACGUCUGGCUGCUGAUAGGAAAUUGUUUUAUGAUUUAGCUUCUGGAAUUUAUAAUUUUGCCUGCUCCCUGUGGAAUCACCAUACAGACACAUUCCUCCAACAAGUUUCUUCUGGGAAUGAACCUGCAGUUCUAAGUUCAUUAGAACGAACUCUGCUGUCAUUGAAAGUGCUGCGUAAAUUAACCGUUAAUGGAUUUGUGGAACCUCAUAAGAAUAUGGAGGUGAUGGGUUUUUUACAUGGAAUAUUUGACCGUCUGAAACAGUUUCUGGAAUGCAGUAGAAAUAUAGGUACAGAUAAUGUUUGUAGAGACAGACUGGAAAAGACCAUCAUUCUUUUUACUAAAGUGCUUUUGGACUUCUUGGAUCAGCAUCCAUUUUCAUUUACUCCUCUAAUUCAGAGAUCACUGGAAUUUUCCGUAAGCUAUGUAUUUACAGAAGUCGGUGAAGGUGUUACAUUCGAGCGAUUCAUUGUUCAAUGCAUGAAUCUUAUUAAGAUGAUUGUAAAAAAUUAUGCUUAUAAGCCAUCCAAAAAUUUUGAAGAUAGCAGUCCGGAAACUUUAGAAGCACAUAAGAUUAAGAUGGCAUUCUUUACGUAUCCCACGUUGACAGAGAUAUGUAGAAGAUUAGUCUCUCAUUAUUUUCUAUUAACUGAGGAAGAACUGACAAUGUGGGAAGAAGACCCAGAAGGCUUUACAGUGGAAGAAACAGGAGGAGAUUCUUGGAAGUACAGUUUGAGGCCUUGCACUGAAGUACUGUUUAUAGAUAUAUUCCAUGAAUAUAAUCAGACUCUUACUCCUGUACUUCUAGAAAUGAUGCAAACGCUUCAAGGGCCCACUAAUGUGGAAGAUAUGAAUGCACUAUUAAUCAAAGAUGCUGUGUAUAAUGCUGUUGGAUUAGCGGCUUAUGAGCUGUUUGACAGUGUUGAUUUUGAUCAGUGGUUUAAAAACCAACUUCUUCCAGAGUUACAAGUCAUUCACAAUAGAUAUAAGCCAUUGCGACGCAGGGUGAUUUGGCUCAUCGGUCAGUGGAUUUCUGUGAAAUUCAAGUCUGACUUAAGACCCAUGUUAUAUGAAGCAAUUUGUAACUUGCUUCAAGAUCAAGACUUAGUGGUCCGUAUCGAAACAGCUACAACAUUGAAGUUAACUGUUGAUGAUUUUGAAUUUAGAACAGAUCAGUUUUUGCCGUAUUUGGAAACCAUGUUCACACUGCUUUUUCAGCUGCUGCAGCAAGUUACAGAAUGUGACACAAAGAUGCAUGUUUUGCAUGUCCUUUCCUGUGUGAUCGAAAGAGUCAAUAUACAGAUACGACCAUAUGUAGGAUGUUUGGUACAGUAUUUGCCUCUUCUUUGGAAACAGAGUGAGGAACACAAUAUGUUGAGAUGUGCUAUUCUGACAACACUUAUACACCUUGUUCAGGGAUUAGGAGCAGACAGCAAGAACCUGUACCCUUUCCUGCUCCCAGUUAUUCAACUGAGUACAGAUGUUUCCCAGCCUCCACAUGUUUAUCUUCUGGAAGAUGGUUUAGAAUUAUGGUUAGUGACUUUGGAAAACAGCCCAUGUGUUACACCGGAGUUGCUUCGCAUAUUUCAGAAUAUGUCCCCACUUCUUGAAUUAAGUUCAGAAAACCUCAGAACCUGCUUUAAGAUCAUCAAUGGUUAUAUCUUUUUAUCGUCAACAGAAUUUCUGCAGACAUAUGCAGUAGGUCUGUGUCAGUCCUUUUGUGAGCUGCUAAAAGAAAUUACUACAGAAGGUCAAGUUCAAGUACUCAAGGUUGUGGAAAAUGCCCUUAAAGUGAACCCAGUAUUAGGUCCACAAAUGUUUCAACCAAUUCUACCCUAUGUUUUCAGAGGUAUUAUAGAAGGAGAGAGGUAUCCUGUUGUGAUGUCAACAUAUCUUGGAGUUAUGGGUCGAGUCCUGCUACAAAACACUAGUUUUUUUUCUUCACUUCUUAAUGAGAUGGCACAUAAAUUUAAUCAAGAGAUGGAUCAGCUUUUGGGAAAUAUGAUUGAAAUGUGGGUUGAUCGAAUGGACAAUAUUACGCAGCCUGAAAGAAGAAAGCUUUCAGCUUUGGCUUUGCUUUCUCUUCUGCCAUCUGAUAAUAGUGUCAUCCAAGAUAAAUUCUGUGGGAUUAUAAACAUCUCAGUGGAAGGUUUACAUGAUGUCAUGACAGAAGAUCCUGAAACAGGAACUUAUAAAGACUGUAUGUUAAUGUCUCAUCUUGAAGAACCAAAAGUAACAGAAGAUGAAGAACCACCCACAGAACAGGAUAAGAGAAAAAAGAUGCUGGCUCUGAAGGACCCAGUACACACUGUGUCACUGCAGCAGUUCAUCUACGAGAAGCUGAAGGCGCAGCAGGAACUGCUGGGAGAGCAAGGCUUCCAGGCCCUCAUGGAGACCGUGGACACGGAGAUCGUCACUCAGCUGCAGGAGUUUCUGCAGGGCUUCUGAGAGCGCGUGGCGUGUGGCCGCCGCCCCUCUCGGAAACAAGCCACAGAGCCCAGCCUGUCAUGGUGUGCGACAGCCUGCUGAGACGAUGAAGAACUCCCUCGUGUCUGCCUGUAAAGAAGUGAAGACCAUACGUUUUUACUACAAAAAUGAGUGAAUAAAUGUAAACGCUGCACAACUAAAGUCCCAAACCUAUUCCUCAAAAGAAUUUAAUUUUAUAUUUAAGAGGGGCCCCAUGUUUACUAGAUAUAGAUUGGAUGACACUAGCUGCUUAGUUUUCUGUUAAGAGAAGACACCAUUUGAUUACCUUUUAAUCAUGUGCUCUUAACACGAGAAGAUGAAGGUUGAUGUCUGCGAUGUUUUUCUGCAACCAAAAUUAGUAUUAAUUUGGGUGCUUUAUCCCUUUUUUAAGCUGAUGAAACUGAAAGUUUGACAAAUGGCAAAGCUGUUCAGAUGAUGCAGUUAAAGAAGGGUGUGCACCAGACAAAAAUACAUAAAUAGUGCGAAUAUUUAUCACUGAGGUUUAUCUUGCAAGGGAGUUGCUUUCAUCUGACAUAGAAAAUGUGUUUUAUCAAAUGCUUUUAUUUUCAUUUUAGUAAUUGGACACAAAAAUUAGUGAAGGGAAUUUUUCCCUCGUUUUAUUUUCAGUAAUUACCUUUAGGUUUUAAAUGCAUAUGGUAAGGCCCACGGAAGGGAUCCUGUGGUGCUGCGGCUGCGGUGGGAGGCCUCUAGUCCCUCUGUUACUUCGGGGGCCAGGACCCCGGUGAGCACCGCACACCCUCCUGUGCUGCCCGGCCCAGGUCCCCGCCCACCUCGGGGCCCCGGGGCACCAGCACUGUUAGGACAAGUCUUCCUUCCUUAUUCCUCCAACACGCAGUACCAAAACAAGGGGGGAAAGGAGAAAAUAAAGCCUUACUCUGUCUUACUUGCCAUUUAUUGUAAGAAACCUUUAAAGUGUUUUUUAGGAAAUACUCAAAAGCAAGGUUGGGAAAUGUCUGAUCUUUCUAUAGAAAGUUGGGUACAAUAUAUGUAACUGCAGGAACCCUACUGCCCCUUUGUAAGCUGUGGAACCCAAAAUGUAUGGAGCUACUUGGUGUUUGCAGCAAGAGAAAGAAAAUAUGGUCCAAAUUAAAUUUUCCAAAGAUACCUA